AUGGCUAUCACCCCUGACAUGAUUGACAAUGUUGUGGAAGAAACAAACUACUACAGUGUACAGACUACUGGGAAGUCCCUGAACGUGACUGCAGCCGAAGUGGAGCAAUUUAUCGGCCUAUACAUUAUGAUGGGCCUUGUACAAAUGCCUAGUGUUCGCUGUUAUUGGGAAACGGCUUCAAGAUAUGAACCCAUUGCCAACGUUAUGUCGAGAAGCCGCUUCGAGAGCAUUAUGCGUUUUCUCCACUUUGUGGACAACCUGGCAGCAACAGAGGAAACAAAGAAAGACAAAGCAUGGAAGGUACGACCGUGGUUGUCAGCACUUCAGGAAAACUUUGCAAAAAUCGAGCCAGAAGAAUACAACAGCGUUGACGAAAUCAUGGUUAGCUUUACCGGCAGGUGUAGUGUGAAGCAAUACAUGCCAGGAAAGCCCCACCCAUGGGGUAAAAAACUAUGGGGUCGAGCUGGGUCUUCUGGUAUUUUGUACCAAUUCGAUGUCUAUCAAGGCCAAGCAAAUCGGGAUUACAGAUCUGGCUUAGGGGGUCAUGUUGUGAUGUCAAUGUGUUCCCAGCUUCUAGAAAUGAAGGAAUACAAGGUUGCAGCGGAUAAUUUCUUCACUUCACUGGAUCUAGCGAGCAACUUUGUCACUAAAGGAACAGGCUUUGUAGGCACAGUCCGAAAAAACAGACUGAAGGACUGCAGGAUCAAGCCAGAAGCAGACUUGAAAAAAGAAGGCCGAGGCUCGUAUGAUAGUGCUGUAGAUAUCAGACGCAAGGUUGGUGUUGUACGAUUGGUUUGA